UUGUUUAUUUUUUCAGUGUUUUAUCUCUUGCACAUCCUGGAGAUCUUUUUGACAGUGAUUCAAAUACCACUUACGUUUCAGUGGUAGAUGAAGAAGGAAAUGCUUGUUCAUUUAUUAGUAGUGUAUAUCAGAGUUUUGGUUCUGGCAUUGUGCCUGAAGGAUGUGGAUUCCCUUUAAAUAACAGAGGGCUGAAUUUUUCUUUGCAAUUUGAUCAUCCAAAUGUAUUUGGACCAGCAAAAUUUCCUUAUCACACUAUUAUUCCAGCAAUGUUGACUGAACCUGAAAGUAAUAAUUUAUUAGCUUCUUAUGGAGUAGUUGGAAAAUUUAUGCAACCACAAGGACAAGUACAGAUGCUGUUAAACAUGUUGAUAUUUGGAAUGGAUCCCCAGACAGCUUUAGACAAGCCAAGAUUAUUUGUUAAUACAGAAUUCUAUCAAGAAAAGCCCUAUACAGUAUGGUUAGAAGAUGGAAUAGCUUCAGAAGUAAAAGAAAAAUUACAGUCUUUUGGACAUAAUAUAAAAUAUCCAGUGCAAGGUUUUGAUCGAACACGAUUUGGCAGAGGGCACAUCAUUACUCGAGGCACUUGGUGGAAUAGAUCAGAAAGCUCUUCUGAUAAUGUUCUGUGGGUUGGAUGUGAUCCUAGAACUGAUGGUUUGGCUCUGGGUUAUUAAUAGUUAAUAUGGAAGUUCUAUAUAAUAGUAUAUCAUUACAUUUGAGACAUGUAUUGUUAUAUUAAUUUUGUAAAAUCUUGCAAAGAUGUUGAUUUUUGCAUAUUUUUAUUAUAUAUUGUUUAAAAAUA